AUGGGCUGCAAGCAGAGCAAGCCCAUCUGCGGGCCUGUCGUCGAUGACGAGUUCGUGACGGUGCAGAUGCCGCCGCUCAAGCUGGUCAAGAUGUUCUUGCCGAAGAUGGCCGACGAUCUCACCUCCGAGUCCGACCACCACGAAGCGAAGAAGCGGAAUAACAAUUACGUUGGCGGACCUCCUUACGGCCACAUCAUCGUCAGCCAACCGGAAUGGGAUAUCUUCUUGCCGCGUGAUCGUCCGGGCUGUCGUCCCCGU